AACUCUCUCCCUCUCUCUCUCUCUCUCUCUCUCUCUCUCUCUCUCUCUCUCUCUCUCCCCACAGAGAGAUAUGGCAAGUGAAGGUGUGUGUGCUGGGCAAGAUGGAGAAGCAGGGCACGUGCAUUGCUAACUCUCAUCCCAUCCAUUGCAUAUACAUAUAUAUACAUACAUAUACAUUCAUAUAUACACACCCAUUGCAGCACAUUCAUUCACCAAAUGCAAGUACACAUAUACACGUUUGGAGCAGUACGUACGGUUGCAUUUCUCUGCAUAUCUACACAUAUCAGGCUCACGCAUAUGCAUUGACAUGAUGAUGACAUUUGAAUCUCUCUCUCUCUAUCGAUCUACACACACAUAUACACACAUAUAUAUAGAUAUAGAAUUGCAUAUAUAUACACAUUUAUAUAUAUGGGACAUUGUUGUGACAAGUGAGAGGGCGAUUUUUGCGUCUGAAAGUCACGGGUGCUUAAGGGCCUACACACUAAUUUGUCCGGUUGUUUGGUGUGUGAUUGAGUUAGUUGUUCAUGUGCCCAUCUUCCCCAUCAUGACCACAUUCACCUUGAUCAUUCACUCCUUAUGUGUGUGUGUAUAUACAUACACACACACGCGCAUAUAUAUAUAUAUAUAUGUAUAGAAAUGUGUAUCUACUUCUAUAUAUAUAUAUAGAGAGAUAUACGUAAAUUAAAUAAGCUUUUACAAACAAAGUACGAACCAUGCAAACGAAGCCUCCUUGCAAAAUUCAUCUCAGCGAAUCCCAAAGAACGCUUAAUUAGCCAAUGCCAAUCAACUCCUCUGUCCACGUGGUCAAGUGCACACGAGUCUAUUCAACGGUAUUACGAAUUUCUCGCCGGAAAAAACAACACCCAAAGGUUCUAUUUCUGGCCGGAAAAGAAAAACUCAUAUUUUCCCGGAAAAUAUUCGAUCAUACAUACACACACAUACGCGAGGAAAUUCCAACCUGAUACUAUGGCUUCUUGUUCGUCUCCUUCGUUUACACUCUCGUCCGUGACGGUGGCGGUGGACAAGGCGACGAACGAGCUUCUCCUCACUCCUGAUUGGACCAUGAUCAUCGCCAUAUGUGAUUCCGUCAAUUCUCACCACUGGCAAGGUAAAGAUGCAAUCAAAGCAGUGAAGAGGAGAUUGCAGCACAAAAACGCCAAAGUUCAAUUACUUGCUUUGACGCUGUUGGAGGCAAUGGUGAAAAACUGCGGGGAGCAUCUGCAUUCUCAAAUUGCUGAGAGACAUCUACUUGGAGAGAUGGUCAAGAUCGUGAGGAAGAAGGGGGACUUUGAAGUAAGGAACAAAAUCUUGAUUUUGUUGGACACUUGGAACGAAGCAUUUGGUGGCGUUGCUUGCAGAUAUCCCCAUUAUAACUGGGCCUACGAGGAGCUAAGGCGCUCUGGGGUUAGAUUCCCAGAACGUUCACAUGAAGCGGCCCUGAUGCUUAGAACCUCAAAUGCUCGACCGAGCUUGGCACAGUCUUCAUCUCGGCACCUUCUAUCAAGCAGUUCUUUGAAAAGGCUUGACGAAACAAUGGCCACCGAAAUUGAGAGCUUAAGCUUGUCGAGCCUCGAAUCAAUGAGAAAUGUGAUGGACCUUCUGAAACAGAUGGUGCAAGCCUUGAACCCUGCAGAUAGCUCAGCCCUAAAGGAUGAACUGAUAGUUGAUUUGGCCGAGCAGUGCCGCUCUAAUCAGAAGAAACUAAUCCAGAUGCUCAUGACCACUGCGGACGAGGAUGUUUUGGCACGAGGGCUUGAGUUGAAUGACUCCAUGCAGGGCGUGUUGGCGAGGCAUGAUUCUAUUGCCUCUGGUGUAUCACUUCCUCCCUCACAGCUACAAGCUGCAAUUUCUAAAGGAAAUUCACAGAUGAGCCCGAAACCGAAGGAUGGUUCCGCUCCUGCUCCUGAGUCUGUCACUUCUUCGUCGAGCAGUGAAAGUGAAUCUGACGAGGAGGAAAUGGAAGAUGACUUUGCACAGUUGGCAAAAAGGCACACUCAAAUAUGCGAAGAAGAAGCACUACUUCUCUUGGGAAAGAACGAUAACAUAACAGCAGGGAAUCAAGAAGCUACACAACCAACAGAAUGCAAAGAUAUAGCUUUAUCCGAUGAAGCAGUUUCCACAUCAAAGAUGAAGGCGGAGCAGGACAUCAUCGACCUUCUGAGCCUAACAUUAACGACCACAGCUAUAAAACCCUCUACCUGCCACCAAAGUACCCAUCAAACAAAAUCUUCCACUGAGCAGAUGCUCCUUAACAGUUAUGUUGUCCCAUGGGCACAACAAUCUCAGUCUCAACCAGAAGAGGUUUUACCAUCUGAAUCGCUACUCCAGCAAAAGGGUCAGCUUAACACCAUAGCUUCUCAAUUUCAGCAGCAAUUCUCUCACCCACGGCCGGAACAGCAGCUCCAGCCGGCAGUGACUCAGUUUCAGACGGAAAUAACGCAACGGCAGGGGGCAUAUGGGUAUCAGCCACCACCAUGGGCAAUGAUGGAUCAAUCAAACACGAUGUGGAGCCAAAGGACGAGGGAGGGGACAUCAUUGCAGCAGCAGCAGAGUUUAGACAGACAAUUGCAGUACUCUAAUUCGCUUCCUGCAAGAGGAAGCGGCAUUGAGUCAUCGGGUAAUGUUGGGAAAGCGGAGACGGGCUUGGCUCAGAAGCCGUACGUUCCUCCGUACAGAUUGUUUGAAGAUCUGAAUGUGUUCUGGAAUGCUGGUGGUGGUCUCAAGAGUAGCAAAUGAGACAUGACAUACAUAGUCCUCAUCGAGAACGUGACCAGGUGAAAAAGUUUGCUUAUUCAUUUAUUUAUGUUCAAAGAAAACCUGUUGAGCUCAGCCUCAGAGUGCUAAAUAAAAUUAUGUUGGACGAGAAAGUAAACCAACGGUUUAGAACAUAAAA